UCUCUGAUAAAACUAUUUCUCUAGUAAAAAUCUUCACCGCAGUUUAUCAAUUUUAGGGUUUAUUUUGGUUCCACGCCUUUGAAUCUCAUGCUUAACCCCUUUUUUAAGGGGCAAACUUAACCGCGCCGCCGCUUCUCCAUGUCACACCGUUGUUCAGAGCCGCGUAGCCCCUGACCCGUACCAUCAUCGCCCUUGAUUUUGGUCUUGCUAAGAUGAAGAAUGCGGAAAAUAGAAUAGGCAGAAGAAGAAGAAGAAAAAGAAGAAGAAGAAGAAGAAAAAGAGGACGAAGAAGAAGAAGAAAUCAGCAAUCUCUCCAUCUUCCAGAAGAAAUCAUCGAAGAAAUACUGUCAAGAUUGCCGGUGAAAUCACUGUUGAGAUUGAGGUGCGUUUCGAAAACAUGGCGAUCUUUAAUAGGAAGCAAAUGCUUCAUCAAAGCCCAUCAUCAAAAUUCAAUAAAAAAUCCAUGUUUCCCCCAUCAAAGGCUCAUUAGAGUGACGACUAAGUAUGAUAGGCUUGAGGAAUGUUCUCUACAAUCGUUGCUGAGGAAACGACUUAUUAGUCGAUAUUCACUUGAUAAUCUAGAGAUUACUACAUUGCUGCCACUUCAAAGUUGGGGAUGCUGUAAUGGGCUGUUCUGCGUGAUAGGCUUGAGCAAAUGGCCAGAAAGAGUUUACUUGUGGAACCCAUCCACUCGGACCUCCAAGAAACUGCCAGAAAUUUCUAGUCCCGGCUAUGUUCGUAAUUACGGAUUCGGUUGGGUUGAAUCGAGUGAUGAGUAUAAGGUGUUUGUGCUUUUGGUUGAUUAUGAUUAUUACCAGGGGAUAGGUAACUCCAGCGUUGGUAAAGUUUAUAGUUCAAAGACAAAAUCAUGGAAAACAAUUGAGCUCUGUGAUGAUUUAGAUUACUGUUGGCGAGGAGGGGUGUUUGCAGGUGGGAAGCUUUACUGGAGGAAUUACGGAGAUAAAGAAUAUAUUAUUUUCUGGGACUUGAAGAGUGAGGUGUUUGGAAGGAUUGAGCUUCCCUUCGAUCACGAGUUUUGCACGAAAUGGUACUGGUUUGUGGAUGUGCUUGGUGGCUUACUUUGUGUGCUAUGUUAUAUUGACGAUUAUACAAGAGUCAUUCGAGUUUGGGUUAUGAAGGAGUCUUGGAAGAGAGUGGCGACUUUUGCUCAUCUUGUUGAGCUUCUUCAACCAGCACCAUUGAUGGUGGGUCGUAAGGGAGAGAUUUUGCUCAAUUGUGGAUCCACUUUGUUGGUUUACGAUCCCGGAAGUAAUGUGUUCCACCGUCGUCUUGAUGUUUCUUACGAUUCACGUGUCCAUGUUGAAAGUUUAGUCUCGCCAGAAGAUUUAUGAAAGAUGGAAACAAAACCUUAGAGUAUGAUCAUGAGUGAUUUUGUAGCAUACUAUUUCUUCACAAUUAUGUUCACUUAUAUAUAGUUUGAUUUGAUUAUACCUAAAUGGAUGCGUAUUGUUUCUAAAGUGAUUGUCAAGAAGUUAAUUUUUAUAGAGUUGAGAUUGGUUGAACUUAACCUCAGCUC